AUGGACUGCAAGGACUUGUUUCAAAAGAACGAUGCCACUCCUCAUGCCUACACCAAAUUCUCCCUCCGGAAGCCUUUGAUGCCAGAAGAUGACAUCUGUUACAUCAUCCCCAGCAACCCAGAGUCUCUCAAAGAAUGCACUUUCAACAGCACCUCUAAAACUUUCCUUGUGAUCCAUGGCUGGACAGUGAGCGGCUUGUUUGAGAGCUGGGUGGCCAAACUGGUGUCAGCGCUGUAUGAGAGAGAGCAGGAUGCCAAGGUGGACUGGCUGUACACAGCCCAGAACCACUAUCUUGAAGCCGCCCAGGACACCAAGAUCGCUCACUUCAUUGACUGGCUGGAGGAGGCAACCAAUAUCCCUCUUGAUAACCUCCACCUCAUUGGCUACAGUCUGGGUGCUCAUGUGGCAGGAUUCGCUGGGAGUCAUGCCUCUAAUAAAGUGGGCAGAAUAACUGGUCUCGACCCAGCCGGGCCAGACUUUGAGGGAGAGCAUGCUCACCACCGCCUGUCCCCAGAUGAUACUCACUUUGUGGACGUUCUUCACACCUUCACACGGGGCUCUCUGGGCUUCAGCAUCGGCAUCCAGCAGCCUGUGGGUCAUGUGGACAUAUACCCCAAUGGAGGCAGUUUCCAGCCAGGCUGCAAUCUGCAAAGCACCCUGGAGACUAUUUCAAAAUAUGGUCUCUUUGCCAUCACUGACAUUCCCAGAUGUUCCCAUGAGCGUUCCAUUCACCUGUUCAUCGACUCCCUGGUCAACGAGCAGGAGGCCAGCAUGGCGUACCGCUGCGGGAGCAACGAUAUGUUCGACCGCGGAAUGUGCCUCAGCUGCCGCAAGAACCACUGUAACACCGUGGGCUACAACAUCAGAAAGAUUUGCAUGACACGCAGCAUCAAGAUGUACACCAAGACCAAAGACUCCAUGCCGUUCAGAGUCUAUCAUUACCAGCUGAAGAUCCACUUCUCCAGCAAGGUGGACAGGUCUGAGAUGGAGCCUUCACUGACAGUCUCUCUGAUUGGAACCAAAGGAGAAGUUGAAGACCUCAAGCUGACACUAAAGGAGAAGAUAACGACCAAUAAGAACCAUUCCUUCCUGUUGGUAGCGGAGAAAGACAUAGGUGACCUCCUGAUGGUAAAGUUCAAGUGGCAGGAGUCUACUAACUGGUCAGCCUCGUCCAUGCUCAAAAUGGUGUCAUCUUGGUGGUCAGGUGACUCUGCGGAUUCUGAAGUGGAGGUUCACAAAAUACGCAUCAGAGUCGGGGAGACACAGAAAAAGAUGUUGUUCUGCAUCAAAGGUCCUCAUGCCCUCAGUUUACAACAGGAAGUGACAUUUGUAAAAUGCAAAAUUAAUGGGAAAAAAAACAUAAAAAAGAGUUAACCUCAGGAACCGCUAAUAUUGAAUGUAUGGAGCAACAGAAAAUUGCCCUCCUUCCACUGCCGAAGCACUUAGAAAAAUAAUUUAUGCAGCUGUAAAGGAUUUUGUCGUUCAAACUAUACAAAUACAUUUCCACCUUGUACCUUGUAUAUAGUGUACAGAAAUGUGUUAUUACAAAUGUGUGAAUAUUUGUAUUUAUUUAUUUUUUAAGCACUGCUUUUGUGCCACAUCAACUAUGAUGUGGUGCUAAAGGAUAGUGAAUGCCAUCGUCUUUGCUGAUUUUCUGGCAACCCCAAAGAGAUGGUUCUUAUACAAAGUCGUUGGUGCCUCUGACUGACAGCGACCCAUAGACAGAAUGAGAAGAGGCCUCGAGGUACCUGCAGUUAAAACCUCAUGUGUUACCUAUGUUAUGCUUAAACUGACAGAGCAUUCACCUUUGUCGUCCUCAAUACUAUGUGAUUGUAGGAUCGGACUCAGUGUGCCUUAAAAUAACUUAUUGUCAAUGAACUUGUCUUAACCUACUGCAUGUAUUUGCUGAUACUGUAUGUUUUUUUUCAUAGUUGUAUAUUAAUUGUAUAUUAGUUGUAUAUUUUACAUGGUCUUUGAGACAGUAAUAUUGUGAGGUCCGAAAUGCAAAUUAUUCCCGAUAACUUUUUGAUUAUAGUCAAGCUCUUGAGCAAUAAUGCAUUGACUGCUGUUUAUAUACAAGCCUUUACACUAUAUAUCAGUGGGAUAACCGUUAUUACAAUGUUAUACAAUAUACCUUUUAAAACCAAAAUAAUAAUUACAUCGAUUUAUACAGAACCCUUACCUCUGUUUCAUUGCAAGUGCUUAUGUGAUGUAUUUAACUGACAUGUCCAUGGUUGCUGCUGAACAAUAACCCAAAUAAUGUUCAUUUAGCUGUGGAUGCCAUUUUAUAACUGUGAACAGGUAGCUUCUCUGAAAUAAGUCAAUGAGUGGUUCUUGUAAAGUGAGUCGACAUCAACAAUAGAAACAUGACAGCCUUCCUCAGUAGACAGCAACUGUUUACUUUGCAUCAUAGUUUAAGUUGCAGGUAAUAAUUGGCAGUUAAUGAGGAUAUUAGAAACAAUGUUAUUGUGAUCAUAUCUAAAUGUCAGACUAUUUUCAACAGCACUGAGUAGGCUAAUUAUAACAAAUAUGAUAUAUUUUGAGAUCGGUAUUGUAAAUCAUUGUGACUCAUUUAAUUUCUGCCUGUUCUAUUGAGCCUGUAUAAAGGGGAAGAUGAAACACUUUUGCACUGAAAACAGGGAGAUUACUAAGGCGGUUACUUGCUAAGUGCACCAUGUGUAAAUACCAUGUUGGCAUAUACUUCUAUGGUACAGAAUAUUACUAUAGAUUUUUUUUUUACCCUCUUUUACCUCUGAAAGUAUAUCUGCACUCUGUUUAUACCUGUAAAUACUGUAUGUGACUAUAUACAUAUUUGAAUAAAUUGGAACGGCUA